UGCUUUUACGUGUUGCUUCAUCCGCGUUCCGAAACUUUUCCUCUCUGCAACGUGUCUGAAGCGUCUUUUUUUCGCUCUCGAUCAGCGGCGAUCGUGUUCGCGUCUCGCGUUCCUCGAUUUCCGUUCCAAGCAUACGCCUGAACGUCGAUCGAAAGAAUUUACAUCGUCCGAAUAGUUUGAAGAAUUUUUCUGGUGAAGUUGCUCGUUACGGUGGAAAACGAGAGGAUAGUUGGGGAAAAAGGUCGAAGAGUUGAUCGUGAGAAGAAGAAAGAGAAUAUCGUUUUUUCUUUAUUUGUGAAUUUGAGGAUCGAAACAGAUUCAAAGAAGGUAAGAAAAUGCUUUCGCGGCGUGGGAAGAUGCAAUUGGUACCGUGCUUUGGAACCAUAGAAAUCGUGAUGUGUUUGUGGAUUGCGUGUAUGGUUUUAACUCUGGUCGCAUCUCAACAGAAAUUUUACAUUCAGGGCCGGUAUGGCAAGAGGCAGGAACCGCGUACAGACUCGUUCUUCGUGUCGGGAGGCAGAUAUGGGCGCAGUGAAAACACGCAGAAGGCGAGCAAAUCGUUGCCAAAGUUGGUGGAGGUAGAGGUGCCAAGGAUAGAUCGAUUCUUUUGGGGUAGCCGGUACGGGAAACUCUCCCCUCCGGAUUACCGGACAGUAUCAUCGGUGAAUCGAUUUAGCGCCAUUCUCAACUUCAUGGAUCAAGUUAAUCUCGAUCGAGAGAACGACGCCAGCAACCGGAACGAUCUCGAUCUUCUCCCUUAAAAUUAUUUCGUCGACAUCUGCGAGGACUCGUUGGCUCUUUUGUGUAAACGAUACAAACUGAGAGAAGAAGAGUUGCAGGGAACGUGCGCGUUUCAAUCUUCUAAACAAGUCCUCCGUAAUGAUUCGUUGUUUUUAAUCGAUUUAAAAGAAUGUAAAGAUCUCGUGAAAAUCGGUGGAAUGCGCAGAAAAACGAAAUAUAAGCUUCAGUUUACGCAUCGUA